GUAAAUAAUUAUUGACGGAGUCCGGGUCGAGACUCGGACCACGGUCCGCCGGUUAAUGAUCUCUAUUGUAAUCCCUUUAAACCGCGCCCUAUCCAAGCCACGUAGUCCACCGUAAUCAGGCAGAGUAUCCCCACAACAUCUGACAUCAAAAUGUCGUCCUUGCACCUAUCCAACAUCUUCCAACCCUCGCUUCUAUCUCAGGAGCGUGCAUGACAGAGUUAUGAGGCCAUACAGCGAAUCCAAAACUAAAAAGGUGAAAAAGAUGCCGUGUGACGUAACACGCCUUUCCUUCUCCUCCCGAGCGCGCGCGCGCUACGCUCUUGCUCGAUUGUUUUGUGAGCAGCGAAGAAGCAAACUCCAUCAUUAAAGUGGCCUGAUCAUCACAAUUAAAAAAUACAUAUGUUUUAUUGUUUUUUUUUAAAUUAUCGAUUCGGCGCUCUUGGUAAUGCCGAACUGAAUAGGUGCGCGGAGCAGUGAAUGCCUCUGAAGACUGACACACGCAAAUGAGCUCUUAUCGAAACAAACCAGGUGCGUCAUUUGGUUGAAAAAAAUUAACGGAGCUGGAAAAGAACAAACGAACUAACGACGCAAGGAAAAUAGCCGCGGUGGUCGUGGUGCCCGUCAUGCGACAUGAGUAACAUCAGUGAUGGAGUUGGAGUGGUGCUGCCCAUGUGGAACUUAAGGGAAUCCACACUCAACAAGACCAGUGAACUGUUCGUCAAUGUCUCGUGCAAUGUGUCUACAAAUGAGUCCACAUCUUGCUCGCCAGUGGAGGACAGCGUCGGAGAUGCAAGUCCAUAUAAGGCAUUUGAGAUGUUUUUUAUAGCCCUGGUUACUGGAUCGUUGAGCCUUGUGACCGUCACGGGAAACAUUUUGGUCAUGCUAUCCAUCAAAGUCAAUCGCCACUUACAGACUGUUAAUAACUAUUUUUUGUUCUCGUUGGCCUGUGCUGACCUGAUCAUUGGCGCGUUCAGCAUGAAUUUGUACACUGUCUAUAUCAUUGUUGGAUACUGGCCCCUUGGGCCUGUGGUUUGUGACCUAUGGCUCGCUUUAGAUUAUGUGGUGUCCAAUGCAUCAGUGAUGAACCUGUUAAUCAUUAGUUUUGAUCGCUACUUCUGUGUGACUAAGCCCCUCACAUAUCCUACAAGAAGGACAACGAAGUUGGCAGGGCUGAUGAUUGCGGCAGCAUGGAUCUUAUCCUUCAUCCUUUGGGCCCCUGCAAUCUUGUUUUGGCAGUUCAUAGUUGAGCAGCGAACAGUGCCACCUGGAGAGUGUUACAUUCAGUUCCUGUCGAACCCUGCCGUUACGUUUGGCACAGCUAUAGCUGCAUUCUAUCUUCCAGUCAUUAUUAUGACAGUGCUGUACAUCCAUAUCUCCCUGGCAUCCAGGAGUAGGGUUUCCAAACACAAACUGGACAAGAAGAGCUCAAAUACUACAAAAAAGAUUAAGAGCCACAUGCUGAAGCAAAACAACAAUGAAACCAGUCCUCAGACCAGUCUCCACCUGGCUCCCAAGCUCAGUUUGGACUCGACAACCACUGCGGACGAGGCUAUCAAGAAUGGCAGGCCGAAUUCAUCCAAAGCAGAUGGACCACAGGAGCCGGCUCAACCCAGUCCAGGACUCAUAACACAGGAGGAAAAGGAGAGCUCCAAUGAUUCGUCCACCGCAUUUAUACACCCAACAGAACCAAAAGCCAGGAAUAAAGUGAUACUUGAGGAUCCAAACAAAUCUAAAGCGCAAGGAAGCACAACUGUCUCAAAUCCUUCUAUGUCCAAGAUGAACCCAACCUCAAGGUGGUCCAAGAUAAAGAUUGUUACCAAGCAUGCUGGAGAUGAAUGUAUCACAGCUAUUGAGAUUGUCCCGCCAGUGGAGGGCGCAGAGAGCCAUUCCAUACCAAUCAGCCGUCCCAGAACAGUUGCAAGAAAAUUUGCAAGCAUUGCUCGGAGCCAAAUGAAGCGGAAAAGACAGAUGGCCGCCCGUGAAAAGAAAGUUACCAAGACAAUCUUUGCAAUCCUACUGGCUUUCAUCAUUACUUGGACGCCCUAUAACGUCAUGGUGCUGAUAUCCACCUUCUGCCAGUCGUGUGUUCCUGACACCGUGUGGGCCAUUGGCUACUGGCUGUGCUAUGUUAACUCCACUAUCAAUCCAGCUUGUUACGCCCUGUGCAAUGCCACAUUCAAAAAGACUUUCAAGAACCUGCUGCUGUGCCAAUACAAGAACAUAGGGACAAGAUGAAGGGGGAGGAGGGGUGCUAAGGAGGGAAUGGAGGUUGUGGAAAAAGAAGGGGGGAGAGAGGGUAAGAAAAUGACGAUGGGCGGAGGCACUUCAAAGAAGGGCUCCUUAAGACAUUUGCAGGGUGCAGAAAGGAAUGACAUGCUUUCAUCAUAUUUGCUCUGAAGGAGCAUGUAGGAGAAUAUUUAUUACUGACGAGCUGAUGAAAAAAUAUGUCUAGAAAAAACUGUACUAAUGAAUGGCUGUAAAACAACUAAGGAAAGGGGGGGGGGGGGGGGGGAGAUGGCCAGUGGUUCUAAAAGAAGAAAAUGUUCUAAACAGAUUAGGAUAAAUUAAUUCAGUGAUUGAAGAAAUUGGAUGUAAUAUAAUUAUGAUUGUCAGUGUAUGAAUAAAUGUAUUGUGUGCAGUGGUUGAAUGAAUGCUAAACAUUGAAACUAUACAGAUACAUAAAUUGUAUACUGCUUUGAUGAAUACAGGGAUUGCUGUGGUGUGGAUAAUCAUCCACACCACAACAAUCAAAUUGAAUUGAAUAUUUACCUUCAUAAAACAAUUAUCACUCAAAACCUUUAGCACUUAUUGUAUCCAAAUGUCACAUUUGUAAAGAGGAGUGAAGCACAAUCCCAAAGACCCAACCACGUUUUGCAUGGGGAUUCAAAUACUUCACUCAAUGAAAUACUAAUAGACAAAGUAUUUCUAAUGUUAUUUUUUUUCAAGAUUUUGUGUUGAUAUUUCAUUUUUCUCCCUCAAAAUACACAACUCAUAAAAAUACUGACUGUUCACAUCAUGUAAGAUGCAGCGGAUCAAAUAACGUUCCCAAGCUGUGUAUAUUUAUGUAACAAGUUGCACACCUUUGCUUUCAUUACAUCACAUGUAUAGCACAGAUGUACACAGAUGUUUAUAGGAAGUAUACUUUAAUUUACUUAAAUAUGGCAUGUGGUAAUAGGGCUACAGCCAUUAACUAUUGUUGAUAUUAUAACAUUCCACUGUAUUGUAUUCAUGCAAACAAAGCACUGACAAGUCUACAGAUAGUACUGUAGAGUUCUAUUUUACCUGAUAGUUUAACCAUAAUACAGUCAGUGUUUUUCAUAGACAACAUAGAGAAACACUGAACCAAACCAACAUGAGCUUUUUGUUUGCUAACUCUGUCGAAUGUAACUAAAAUACAUAGUAAUAAAAUUGUUUUUAUGUAAUGACAGUACCAAAUACAGUACCAAUAUUUUUCCAUUCAUAUUACUAGGACUAAAAUUAAUAAUUAAAUUCAUAUAUACCAAAGAAAUUAGUCAAAAUUCUGAGGGUAAAAUGUUUUUAAAUCGAUCCAUUUUAAGGUAGAAGAAACAGUUGAAAAAAGUUUACCUGACUGAAAAAGGACAAGAAGAUAUGUUCACAUCUAGUUUGUGUUUUUAUGUCCUGUGCUGAGUGACUGAAAACAUUUUUUUUUACAAAACACUUAAAGCAUUAUCUUACGUCAAAGCAAGAACCCUACUGGUUUUUGAUAAUUGCAAGUUGCUCAGAGUACAUGAGAUAAUAGCAGGAUUCCCCUCUACCAUCCCUUUAAGAUCAUUUUGAAGAAAUGAUUUUAUCAAACAAUAUUAUGAACCCCAACGAGUCAAUAUUUGGAUUCCAUCGUAGUACUUUUUCCAGGGCCAAAACAUGAUUAUAUCUGAUGGUAUGCAUGUAUGGUUGUUUUGUUUUUCCUGGAAGGGAAGCAUGUUUUGCUGAAUCUGUCUCAGCACAUGGCCAUCGAGGCAUUGUGAAUUGUGCUCGUCCUUAUCACAAUAAAAAUCCCAAUUACAUUGAUAAAGUUGCAGCAGAAACCAAAAACAGGAAAACAUUGUUUACUAUUUAUAAACAAGUCAUUUUGAUUUGUGUUUGAUGGGUAAAUUCUAUGUAUUUGAAUUGUAUAUGUGUCUCUAUUAAGGUAAAGUUGAAGUGGAAAAAUAUAAUGUUUUUGUAAUGUUUAUUUUAUUUUAUUUUGGACAUAUAUAUACUGUAUGUAAUGUAAUUUGUCUGUAUUUAAAAUCCUAUUUAGAUAGAGCUGAGUUCCCAAAAGCUAUUGUAGGGUAUUAUUCUUUAGGGGUAAAUCUAUCAUUAACUGGGAGUAUAGGCAGUAGCUAAAAAAAACUAAUGCUAUGUAUUUUACCUUAAGAAAAUAAAAAUAAUCAUUUAUUUUAUGCGGAUAUUCGUUUUAUUUUUUAAACCCUUUUUUGCAGCUUUUGGGAAAACAACUUUUGAUGACAUGUCUGUAACAGUUUUUUAUUGCAUUUGUACAUUUUCUUUUUGUAAAGAUUUUCAACGCAUUAAGCCAGGGGUGUCCAAAGUGCGGCCCGGGGGACAUUUGCGGCCCGCAGGUCAUUUUUUAACGGCCCCACGGCACAUUUUAAAAAUACUAUAGAAAAAAAUUUUAAACAUAAAAAGUGGUAUAAAAGAGCAAACAGGUUAACUGUAACAAGAACAUGUUGCAAUGUUUACUCUAAUAACACAAAGCUGCCAUGCAGGCUGUUUCUUUCUUUAAAAAAAAAAUAGUGAAUCAAAAUCAAUUAUGAAUUAUUGACCAAUUCAAGGCUCCAAUUACGUCACAUAAACUUUCCACUUUGAGAUAUUUUUGGGGGCAAAUGUUGCAUAUUUUGUGUAUGCCAUAUAAAAAACUGAGCUGUUUUUUUUUUUCAAAGAAGGGCCUAAAACGAACAAACAAAAAACAUAAACUACAAAAAACCUUAUAAUUGACGAAUAGAUCUGAAGUGGAUCUCCAGACCAUUGUGUUAAAAUAAAAGUAAAGAGUAAAAAAAAAAAAAAAGUUUUUAUUUUUUAACCCUUUAAUGACUAAGACCCCUUAGGAUCAGUGUGUUUGUUUUUAAGUGUCAUUGCACAAAAAAUAAUACUGAAUUAAAAUCAAUGGUGUUAUGAGUUGUUGACCUUUUUACGGCUCCAGUUGUUAUAUAAUCUCAAAUAUUCUACUUAAAAAUUGUAUUGAGUGAAAAUAUUGCAUAUUUUGUGUUUCUUUUUCCAUAACAAAACGUGUUUGUUUUUUUUUACAAAAAGAGCAUACAACUUAAAUCUUUAAAAAUGUCAUAUUGACCGAUAGACCUAAUGUUGAUCUAGAGAUUUAAAACUUGAAUAAUAACAAAAAUAAUAACACUGAAUAAUGACACAUUUUUAACAUUUUAUUUUUACCAAAACCCUUUGGGGUCCCCGGGAUCAAGCUUGAGUGGAGGCCUAAAUGUAUAUUUGUUAUUCAUAUAUUGUAUUGUUUUUUUAAAAUAAAUGGCCCACGCUUGCUUUGAUUUUUCAAUGUACGGCCCUCAGUGGAAAAAGUUUGGACACCCCUGCAUUAAGCAAACUGUUGGUUGUAAAUACAAAAUAUUAGGUUAAGUUAUAAGUAUUUAAAAGAUUGAAUUUUACAAUGUUAAUAAACAUCCUACUAAUGCACAACUACA